AAAGUCCCUUUACAGAAUCCUCCUAUUAAGUGGGCUGAAGGACAUAAGGGAGUAUUUAAUAUUGAAGUGCAAGCUGUUUCCUCCGUUCACACCCAGGACAACCACCUGGAGAAGUUCUUCACUCUCUGCCACUCCUUGGAGAGCCAGGUGACCUUCCCCAUCCGCGUGCUGGACCAGAAGAUCAGUGAGACGACGCUGGAGCAUGAGCUGAAGCUCAGCAUCAUCUGGCUCAACUCCUCCCGCCUGGAGCCCCUCGUGCUCUUCCUGCACCUGGUGCUGGACAAGCUCUUCCAGCUGUCCGUGCAGCCCAUGGUCAUCGCCGGCCAGACAGCCAACUUCUCCCAGUUUGCCUUUGAGUCCGUGGUGGCCAUCGCCAACAGUCUGCACAACAGCAAGGACCUGAGCAAAGACCAGCACGGGAGGAACUGCCUGCUGGCCUCCUACGUGCACUAUGUCUUCCGCCUGCCCGAGCUGCAGAAGGACCUGCCCAAGUCAG